CGCGCUGGAGUGCUCGGAGUCCCGCCUCUGCGCUCGGACGCGCGUAACGCGUGCGCGCCGUCUCCCGUGGCGCUGCUGUGAGUGUGUGUGUGUGUGUGUGUGUGUGUGCGUCUCCACGACCAUGGUCACACAGACAGGAUGACGUCCGAAUGUGAACCCCAUCUCCCUUCGAACCGCUCGCAGGACGCGAUGCUGGAGUGGAACGCGUCCAGGCCGGCGCGCGACCCCAGCGGCGCGAGCGCCGGCGCCCAGAGCGCCACGUGCAGCUCGGUGUCCGUGGCGUUUCCCAUCACCAUGAUGGUGACCGGGAUGGUGGGCAACCUGCUGGCCAUCCUGCUGGUCUACACGGCGUACAGGAGGAAAGAGAACAAGCGCAAGCAGUCGUUCCUGCUCUGUAUCGGCUCCCUGGCGCUGACGGACCUCUUCGGCCAGCUCCUCACCAGCCCCGUGGUCAUCUCCGUCUACCGAGCCGAGCUGCAGUGGGAGCGCGUCGACCCCUCGGGCACGCUGUGCGCCUUCUUCGGCGUGUGCAUGACCACCUUCGGCUUGUGCUCGCUGUUCUUCGCGAGCGCCAUGGCCGUGGAGCGGGCUCUGGCCAUCACGGCGCCGCACUGGUACUCCAACAGCACGAGGACCGCCGUCACCAAGCACGUGCUGGUCUCCGUCUGGUGCCUGGUGCUCUGCUUCGCGCUGCUGCCCGUCGUCGGGGUCGGGAGGUACACCCUGCAGUGGCCCGGCACGUGGUGCUUCAUCAGCACGGGGGACUCGAACGUCAGCGGGAACACGUUCUUCGCCGUGACCUUCGCCGCGCUCGGGAUCUCCUCGCUGCUCGUCACCUUCUCCUGUAACGUGGUGACGAUCCGCGCGUUGGUGGUGCGCUGCAGGGUCAAACCGAGCGCGUCGCAGGGCUCCAGGCAGUGGGAGAGACUCACCACCGAGACCGUCAUCCAGCUCAUGGGCAUCAUGUGCGUGCUGCUCGUCUGCUGGGCUCCUCUACUGGUCCUGAUGUUGAAGAUGAUCUCCAACCACACAUCUUCUCAUCACUGCAAAUCGAUUCCUCUCCUGCCCAGCCGGGAACUACCGAUGGACUGCAACUUCUUCCUGACAGCCAUUCGCCUGGCCUCGCUUAAUCAGAUCCUGGAUCCGUGGGUGUACCUGCUCCUUCGAGAGAUCCUCCUGAGGAAGUUCUGCCAGGUGGCCAACGCAGUGUCCAACUGUUCGCUGGAAGGACAGAAAGAGACGCAGAAAGAAACCCCUGUGGACGGCAUGAAGGAUCCAGCUAAGGACAACGAUGAGUGCAGGAAACUGGCUUCUCCUGAUCCUAGUGGAAGUGCACAAGUGUGACUGCAGUUAUUUAUAGAAAAGUGUUUAAAUCUACGCUUGAGGAUGAUGACGGCGGGAUAUGAACGAUUAAUCUCGUUCUAAUAGACGCUGGCUUUUGGGAUCUCGGCACGAAAGCUGAGUGAGUCCAGCAUGCAAACAAUCGACGCUUUUAGACAGAUAGAACCGCUCGGCCCUGGCAUGUGUACGUGUCGCUAAAUUGAUUAUCAUCCUGGGAAGCAAACAUUGCAGUCCGAGAUCUGGACUCUGUUCUUCAUAUGUCGCUUACCAAAUACAAAAUGACAGAUUCCAGAUGUGCUAUUCGCUAUAAUCACAAGAGAACGGGGUUAAUGCAGGCGGAUUGAGUUAUCUGAGAUCGCUCCAUGCUCGCUGACUGGAAAUCAGCAAUGGCCCCUGAGAGGAAGAUUUUUUUUUUAUUGAAGGUCAAAUCAACCAUGAUAUAAUCUAUGAUGUUACAAGUUAUCUAAUUAUAAUGCAUUCAGAAGUGAAAUAUUUAUGUAGGUUUAGAGGUUACAAUACUUUACGUUUUGCCGCUAAGUUUAUUACUGUAUGCAUUAUAAUUUAUUAACAUGGAUGCAUUAUGAAGUAGCACUCCUAACACUUUAUAUGACCAAUACCAAUGCAGCUCAACACCACUUUGUCACUUUGUAUAGUGCAUUAAUAACAUCAGUCGAUUUUUAAAAAAGAUAAUUUUGCAGUUUCUGGAAGAAUCUGUGCAUAAACUGUGAUAAAUAAAAUAUAGGAACUUUGGCUGGUUUAAUAAAUGUCUUUGUGUUUAAUGCGUCCCACGUUACUUACAUCCUGCACUGAAUUAGUUUGGUAUUGGUGAUAUAAUGUGGCAAAAACACUGCUUAAUUUAAUUUGGUUUGAUUUACAGUACCGUGCAAAAGUCUUAGGCAGCCUGUGUUAUUAGUACACACUUUCCUAUAGAUUUAUUUUUUAUUAUUAUUUUAAUUAUUGCAUCAAUACAAAAACAUUCCUGAUUUUCAAAAUUCAGUAUUCCAACACAAAAUCAAAAGUUGAAGAAGAAUAUUUGAAUGCCAGGAAAGAAGGCAGCAUGUUAUACAAGAAACCACUUUUUGGACCGGAAAAAUGGAAGCUUUGUGUGCAAAAAAGAUG